AGCAGCAGCAGCAGCGCCACACCGGGGCUGUGGAGUGGGUGACGAGGAGCGACCAGAAUCACCAGGAAAAAUUAAAAGGAGCGACAAAAUGCACGGACAAUAAUUGUCAGCAAUCUAUUUUCACAUCUUGAGGCUAUUCCGUCACCGAGAUCCCCGAAUAGAGUUUAAGGUUAAGGCCAUGGCGGCUGUCUGUCAUUCCAGGCUGUGUGGCUUUUAGGGAUGGUUUCCUUGGCUAGCCUACCCAGCUAACAGUUAGCCUCACUGGGUUCCAGUGUGGAAGAGAUAGCAGCGACAGCUCUGCGCUCAUACUCUCGUUUGGAUUAUUCCCGGGCUUGUUGUUCUCCGAGGACCAUGAGACAGUGAGCCAAGCUGUCUGGAUGGACAGUUUGACGGCGAUUAAUUGUCACAGCUUGGGCGUUUCUUCCAGGGUAGGUUUUUCUGGGCGGCUAGGCUCGCACUCGGCCAGGCGACCAGGAGAAGGGAUUGUACAGAUGUGGCCGUGGCAGCCUGUUGUGUCCCACCGUCUCUGGGCCUGAAGUUGCAAAGAAGGCCAAAUUCUGCACAAAGCAGCAAGACUGUAACCAACUUGAAAGUGGACUCCUGCACUCUGAUACUCUCGGCGGUGGUGUAGCCCGGCGCUCCUUGUCAGACGGACUUUUCCCCCCCCAGCUCAUGCGGUGAUGACUUUGGAGCCCAUGAUGGCUUGUUGCCUGAGCGAGGAGGCGAAGGAGUCCAAGCGGAUCAACGCUGAGAUCGAGAAGCAACUCCGGCGAGAUAAGAGAGACGCACGAAGGGAGCUGAAGCUGCUGCUCUUAGGGACAGGUGAAAGUGGCAAGAGCACUUUCAUCAAACAGAUGAGGAUAAUCCACGGGGCAGGCUACUCAGAUGAAGACAAAAAGAGCUAUACUAAACUGGUCUACCAGAACAUCUUCACCUCCAUGCAGGCCAUGAUCCGUGCCACUGAGACCCUCAAAAUCACCUUGGAGAUUGACGAGAACAAGAGUAACGCCUUUCUGGUGAGGGAAGUGGACGUGGAAAAGGUGUCGACGUUUGAAGAGCCGUACAUCAGUGCGAUAAAGACGCUUUGGACCGAUCCCGGGAUCAAGGAGGCUUACGAUCGUAGGAGAGAGUACCAGCUCUCUGAUUCAACCAAAUACUAUUUAAGUGAUCUGGGUCGUAUCUCCGACGCGUCCUAUCUACCAACCCAACAGGACAUACUUAGGGUUCGAGUCCCAACCACUGGGAUUAUAGAAUACCCUUUCGACUUGCAAAGCAUCAUUUUCAGGAUGGUGGAUGUUGGGGGUCAGAGGUCAGAGAGGAGGAAGUGGAUCCAUUGCUUUGAGAACGUCACCUCUAUCAUGUUUCUGGUGGCGCUCAGCGAGUACGACCAGGUUCUGGUGGAGUCCGACAAUGAGAACCGUAUGGAGGAGAGCAAAGCCCUGUUCAGGACCAUCAUCACAUAUCCCUGGUUCCAGAACUCCUCUGUAAUUCUGUUCCUCAACAAGAAAGACCUGCUGGAGGAGAAAAUCAUGUUCUCUCACCUGGUCGACUAUUUUCCAGAGUUUGAUGGUCCUCAGCGGGAUGCUCAGGCAGGUCGGGAGUUCAUCCUGAAGAUGUUUGUGGACUUGAACCCUGACAGUGACAAGAUAAUCUACUCUCACUUCACGUGUGCCACCGACACAGAGAACAUCCGCUUCGUCUUCGCAGCUGUCAAAGACACCAUCUUGCAGCUCAAUCUCAAAGAGUACAACUUGGUGUGAAGGGAGGAUCCGCGAGCGAGGCGCCGGCCUCUCAAGUCACACUUGGUGCAGGAAUUACCCUCCAGAGACGUACACCUGCAUGAAACACACUGCUGCACAAAGAGACGAGCAAUGCUUCAUUCUUUACCAGACCGACGCUUAUCCCUUUUUGCUCCUUCUCUUCAUGCGGCUGUUUGGUUUGUUGGCAAUUUAAAGAUAUAAUUUUUCUGUUUUGUGAUUUUUACUAACUGCUGGUCUUGCACAGUCACAAAUGAAACACAUUUAAAAAGAACACUUUUGUCCUCUUUUUGGAUGCCUCCGGCACACCUCUUGGCUCUCUGUUUGGCUCUUUCUUUUUUUUUUUACACUACAUUAUCAUUUGUUUUUUAGUGUUUGAGGUAGGCAGGAGUGGGAAGGGGCAUCUCUGGGUAGAACAAGCCUUUGUGGACAAAGGGCUCCUCAUGCAUGCUACACACUACAGCAUGGGUUUGUGACACCAGGCUGCAGAUUACUGGACUCUGCUUAUCUGCGAAGGAUGACUAAUUUUGAAAUAGUGCAACUAGGCAAUGCUGAGGUGCAGUCAGGUACUUAGUUCCCUGGAACUCCAAUUGUUUUAUUUUCUUUUCUUUUUAAUCACCCUGAUUUCCACCAGAGCAGAUAAGCUCUAUUGAAUGUAAAUAAAGUUUUGAUGCUGCCCACGCAGAGUGAGGGCUGUUACAAAGAUGACUAAAUGUUCACUCUUCACUUUAGAUAUAUUCAGAAAUGUUAACUUCUUGAGCCUAUUAUUUCUAAUAUGGGUCUGUUAAUUAUAAUGAAGAUGACUACUCAAAGGAGUACAUAAGAAAAAGUCUCAAUUUGUUUAACUCUCAAUUCUGCAAAUAGUCAGUGAUAACACUAGUGGUAUUUAUUACUAUUUGAGUUUUCACAUUGCCAACUUCAAACUAGCUGGGAUUGAUCAUUUUAAAAAAUAUAUAUUAUUUUGUCACCAGUGUAAUGUACAUUCUUUAAAUGUUCCAUAUUGAGAAAAGAGAUUAAGGAUCUGAUGUUAAAAUCAAUUGGGUCAGAUCCCCAUGUUUGUCAGUGGCAUUUUUUAAAUGUCAAAGUUUGAAUUGGUCAUGUAGUUGAAAUCAUGUUUGGUCAUGUAAUUGAAAUCAUGUUUUCUUUUGUUUCCAUUUUAAAUGCAAUGGUUAUUCCAGAUCACUACCAUGGUAAGAUGUCAGGGAACUACAGCUUUUAGGUUGCUGAUUUAAGCUUCCGUUGGUCCUGAACAUUCAUGGGGCUUUUUUUUGCCAAAAUAAACACACAGUGAUCAAAUAGGGUAUUUUUUUUAAUUAUUUAUCACAGCUCUGUUGACUCAGUAUUCCAAAUUUUAUUUCUGAUCAUUUUUUUCCAGCUUUGUUAAUGGAAAAAAAUUUUUUAUACUGCUGUAAAAUAUCCAAACUAUUUUAUGGACAAGUGUUCUAUCUUUCUGAUGAUGCGUCAUGUUUAGUUUUUGCGGGUCGGUUUUGACGUAAUUGCUGAUUUGGGAAAAUAGUGUUUCCAUGUCAGGUUUGUGCUUUAUGCAAAUCAAAACAGACAAAAAAAAAGAAAACUUUAUGGUUAAAUAUUUGCUGUUUUAAAGAUUCUUGCAGAUUUUGGGGAAAAUUUAUAAGGAUGUGCGUUGGCUAUUGGUACAAAUCCCAUAUCGUGUGUUUUUCCGGGUAGCUGUUGAAAUACUUCUCUAAGAUUUGUGAUUGCUAUUUUUGUCUUCACAAUGUAAUUCAGGUGAGUUUUCAUAACUUUUUCAUCACAAGGGCUACUCCUAGCAGAUCUGAUUGAGCUCAAAUGACUAUACAAAAAGAGCUAAAGGUGCAAUUGAUGACCGGGGUGGGUUGGGGUUUUGGACGGCUGAACUGAGUUCAGGGAGGAGGAAUGGUGUCGCUCCUGUAGGAAGUCUGGCCACAGUCCACUUGUUUAGUUUUUGAUUUUAAAUGAAAAGGAAGGAGGAGUUUCCUCAAGGUCCAUUUGGUGUCCUACCUGUUGGACUGUACCGUCCAGUAAUUCUGAUGAGAUUCCGCAAAGGUCUUUUUGACCUUCAUUGUUUUCCAUAACGUGCAUUUGCCUUUACAUCUGCAGUAUUUCCAUCUUUGACUUUAACUUUGAUCCCUUGUUGGAAGGGCUAAGAUAAUUUGCUCCUCACACUGUUUAGAAACACAAAGAGCUGGGAGGGUCUUAUGAAAGAACAGUUAAGAUUUUCUUGUCUUUUAUUAUUGAGAAGUUGGAACCUUCAUGAAGUGAAGUUGACUGUACUAUGCUUUGUUUUUUGUGUUUUUGUUUUUUUCAACCAAUUUAUGUUGUGAAAUACUCAAGGGAUGAACAUUUUUGGCAAAUUUUCUAGAUUUUUACACAGUCUUGAAUAGAGGUCGAUUAGAGAAUGAUUUGAUUUAAUCAUUUUACAAGUUUGGAAAACGGUUAAAUCAAAAAACCCAAAAAGACUGUAGAAUAAAGAUAAUGUACAUUUCAGCGCUUAUUCUGUGACAUCAAAAGGAAAACUGCUCUGAAUAUCUGACAAAUUAAGGGCUGUUCAAUUUCAGAUUUAAGGUCUACAUAGCACAUUUUUAAAAUAACUUUAAGAUUAGUAACUAUGGCUCUAGAGUCAAGUUAAAACAACCUUAAACAACUUACAGAAAAUGCUGCACACUUUAGAUGUCUGGAAUGUCAUCAAAGCUGCCGGAAAAAUAUAGGAAUUUCAGAGUAGUUUGGAAAUUUUUCAUGAAAAACCCCGAGUGCCACAUCCCUGCCCCUUGCUUUUUUUAAAAGAUUGGUUCAGAGCUAAAAGUAUUUCUUUGGCUCUAGAUAUUUCCAUGCAUGAUGCUAAAAAAAAAAAAUAAUAAUAAUAAUCAUGUUCAUAGUUUCUUUCAAAGUCGCAAGUUAAUUUGGUGAAUGACUAACAUAAGCACAUAGCAGGCUUUUGCAUUGUUUGGAACAACCAGUAUGUGUCACUCUGGAUGAUGAUGAUUUUGUAAAGUCCAUGACUUUCAGGAAACAUGCUGUUCUCCCAAAUUUCAGCGUACCACCUCUAAACAAUGUGUGUGGCCUGUCCUCCGUUUGAUCAGUUGUCACGCAAACUUGGUGGGACUCUGUAAAGAUUAAAUUGUAGGCUGUCAGAUUUCCAACUAGACUUCAAAAGGGGCCAGCAGUGAAAGUAACGUGGCUGACAGUUAUCAGAGCAGCUGGGUCACUCCUUUUGAAUCCUUUCGCACAGACUGCUGCUUUGCUUUGUUCUACAUGUGUGAAACAUUUUCAGAAGUGGUUUAGUUGACAAUCCAGUACAAAGACGGUGCCAAAAACAUACAUCAAAAAUGUUUUUGAAUCUGACCCAACACUUUGAUACAUUUUAUUGAUGCGUUUUUUAAAAGAUUACCUUUUUUCCCCAGAAGAAGCCUCAGUAUUAGUCUAUUUAUUGAAGUGCUUACCAAGUAAAGGUACUAAACAGGCCCAAUAUUGGUCAGAGCAGUGAAUAAAGAGGAGGAUGAUUCUGCUGAGUGUUUACAUACACCAUUUUCCCACUAUCCUUUUUUUUUUUGAUUGGACUGUGGACUGUCCUGCCACAUUGAAGCUACAACACUGCAGUGGGCUUGCAUUUGUUAACGUAGAUGUCCAUUCAAGCAUUGUUGGUACUUUGCGGUGUGUGUGUGUGGGUGUGUGUGUGUGUGUGUAUACACAAUUGUUUAAGCUUGAGCUGCGUCCUGGUCAGAGGAUUGGACGUACAGUGAUUAUUAUUAAAAGCUAUCUUUGCUUCUUGUUCAGUUUUCUUUUAUAAGGUUUAUACACCUUAACACGUGGACCACUUUAAAUAACUUUUUCUUUGUUGUUAAAUCAACAGUUAAGUUUGUGUAGUGGUGUACAAAUUGAAAGUAAUGCUUUUUUUUUUUUUUUAAGUAUACCAAAUGUAAAUUCUGUACAAUGUGUGCCAAUCCCCUUUCUUUGUAAAGCCAGACUCUUAACAAGUGCCGAUGUUGUGAAAAAUCAGAGGGCCUGUAUAGUUCCACGGCCCACUUUUUAAAGCAAACACUAAGUAUAUGAUUAAGUAACAAGAAAAAAUACACUAUUAUAUAUUUAAGAUUAAUUAUGAACUGCUGUUUUUAAGAUAAGUGUCAACUGAUUUGCAUGUGUUGUCAGGUUGGGGGAGGAUUUGGGUGGGUGACAAACUGUUCUUGCGUCACCCUAGAGAAGGGUGGAAAUGGUUAUUAAUUUACAGUAUUUUAGCCAUAUUUCUCUUUUUGUAUGUUUCAUUUCAACCAUUGUUGCCUGAACCUCAUUCAAACAUGAAAAAUAAUGAUUUUUACAUAGCCUUCUCCUUUUAAAUGUUUUCAAUUGGAAUAAACUAUGUUCCUAUACUCUC